AAUUUUCUUUUUUAUUCCUUUUUUUCUUAUAUAGUCUAUUAUAAUUUUACUAAUCGAAAUAAAUUUUCAUUUAUUUUAGACGCUUUCUUAGUAAUUCAUAUCAUGCUAUCUAAUUGCCGUUUCGUCUAAAAUCUAUGACAUACUAUCUCAAUAUCACUUAUAUAAUAUAACGACUAAUUUGAUUUUUUUUAAUGUUAAACAGGACAUUCGGGAACAAGCAACGUAAACUAAAUGGCAAAUGGUUGAUGGAGAAGAAAUGGCUGCGGUAUUCAAAAUCUAAAGAUGCCGUGUACUGUGUGAACUGUUGUCUGUUUGGAGGGAAUGAUGGUCGUGAAAAGACUUUUACAUCUGGCACGAGCGACUGGAAGAACCUUUCAUCGUUACUGAAACGUCAUGAAAGCGAAACCUGCCAUAUAAAUGCUUCUUCUAGAGCUGAAAGCUAUCUGGAUAUCCAGUCUGGAAAAUGUGAGUCUAUCAAUAAGAAAUUGUCAGAGUCUUCAAGAAUAACAGUAAAUAACAAUAGACAUAUCUUGAAAAGAAUAAUUGAAAUAAUAGUUCUUUGUGCAAAGCAAAACAUACCACUCAGGGGCCAUACUGCUGAAAAUAGCAACUUCGACGUGAUACUUACUGCGUUUGCAAAAAAUGACGAAAUACUGUCUGAUCAUUUGGCUAGUGCACAUUAUAACGCCAAGUAUACUUCCCCUGAUAUUCAGAAUGAACUCAUAGGAAUUUGUGCUGAGCAUGUUAAAGAAAAGAUAACAAGCGCCUGUCGGAACUGUCCCUUCUAUGCAAUAAUAGUAGAUGAAGCUACUGACAAAUCAACCAAGGAACAACUGUCGCUCUGUGUAAGAUAUGUUGAUGAUAAUUGUUGUGUAAACGAGGAGUUUUUGGGUUUCGUUGAAUGUCCUUCAAUAAAAGGAACUGACCUUUGUGCCAACAUUUUGUCAUUUCUUCAAGAGGUAGACCUUGAUAUUUUAAAAAUCCGCGCACAAUGCUAUGAUGGAGCAUCUAAUAUGUCGGGCAAAUACCGGGGUGUUCAAGCACUGGUUCGUGAAAGAUCGCCACAUGCCAAUUAUGUCCACUGCAAAGCCCACUGCUUGAAUCUUGCGUUGGUACACAGUUCAAACAUUCCGUGUGUGCGUACGAUGAUGUCUACUGUUCAAGACAUCAGUUUUAUGUUUGACUAUUCGGCUAAACGUCUUAAUGCCUUCUGUAAAGAGUUAUCUCAAGAUACCGCUGCAAGAGCAGAAAUGGAACAAAGAACUAAACUGCGAACCUUGUGUGAAACAAGAUGGUCAAGUCGUGCAGAUGCCCUAGCGACAUUCAAGAACGCAUUUUCAGUUGUUUUACAUGCCCUUGAAACUCUGCAAGAAGACGGAGAUGACAAAGCAGGGCAGUAUCUGGGAGGGAUUCUCAGAUUUGAUUUCAUUAUAGCUUUAAUAGUUGCAGAACAUUUGUUAAGCUCAACUGUUGCCCUUACUAACCUCUUGCAAAAAGAAGAUAAUGACCUGCUUCAUGCAGUAGAAGAAACCAAAGUUGUUGUUCAGCUAUUGCGCAAUGAGCGGAACGACGCAGACGUAUGGGAUGCUCUCUAUGACAAAGCUUCCAAUAUCGCAGCAGAAUUCGACAUCCAACCUUCAAGGCCUAGAAGAGCUGCCAGGCAAAAUCAUCGAGCAAACCCAGAUGUUCACACAGUGUCAGAUUAUUGGAAAGUCACAUUGUUUUAUGUAUUUCUUGAUCAUCUGGUACAGGAAAUCGAAUCUCAUAUCUUAAGUAACCAAGAUCGUUUUGCUGCACUGUAUCUUCUACCGAAAAGAUUACAUCAACUUCAGGUUGAAAUGCUUCCCGCCAUAUACGCUGCUUAUGCUCCAGAUAUCGACCAUACAUUUGAAUCGUUCAACAAUGAAGUCGCGAGGUGGAAAGUUCGUUGGAAUAUUGCUGAAAACAGGCCGGUUCGUCUACAAGAAACGCUCCAAAAAACCAACAAAGACCUGUAUCCCUGUAUUUACAACAUUCUCGCAGUUCUUCUUACAAUGCCUCCGACAUCAGCAUCAUGUGAACGGUCGUUUAGCGCAAUUAAACGAAUUAAGAAUUAUUUAAGGUCAACCAUGAGAACAGAGAGAAUGUCAUCACUGGCAAUCCUACAUAUUCAUAAGGACAUGGAUGUUGAUAUCAGCAAAAUUAUCAAUACAUUUGCCUCUAAGAAAGGAAGAAAACUUGACUUCUUCUGAAAGAAUGACAUACUCAUAAAAUAAAAUUCGCGCGAACGAUUCGUUCAAAUUUCAAUAUUUGAUAUCAUUACUGUACACAAACCAAGGCACAGGAGUGUAUGAAAGACAUUUAAUGAAAAUAAUAUUACACUUUUUUAACUGUAAACCGUUGAUAAUUAAUGGAAAAUUAAUAUCGUGUUGAUUCAAUACUAAAUUUUUUGAACUCGUGGAAACAAAAAACAACAAUAAUUAUCAUGCUCUCCAGAGAUCGCAUAAUAUGAUGUUUUAUUCAACUAUUUAAAUAAUUUAAAUUUAAAUCUUCAUUCAAUAUCCUCUAUUUUACAUGCUGAAUUAUUAUUUAUUAGGAAAAUUAUUGAAGAGGUACCGUACUAAUUGAAUUGCUGAAUGUAUGUACGGCUUAGACUGUUUCAUUUGAUUGACUUAUUUAGUUGAUAAGUUUUGCCAAUAUAUAUAGGUAGAGGAUUCAUUCAUAUACAUUUAUUAUGGCAUUUGAAGCUGUUUGUGUGUCAAUAUAUUUUAUCAGAUGUCAUUGGUAUUUAAUUGUGUGUUCCAAUUAUAUAUUUGGCUAACAUUAUUCACUGUGAAUGUGACUGAUUUUUUCCUAUAUGCAAAUAAAUUUUCACGUUAGCGCAGAUUUGCAUAAAUUUGUUUAUUAAUUAUAAAACAGUCUUUGAGCCAAUCAAUUACUAUUAAUCCGACGUUAUACCGAAAUAAAUUACAAUAUUUCAAAAUUAAAUAUUGCAUAUUUUGCUUAAACGUCAAUUA